GCUCUAAUCCCUUUGCUCUCCAACUACCCCUGCUUGCUGUAGUCAGAGCACAAACCUUUCUCUCUUUCUCUUUAACUCGCUCUUCCUCUCCGGAAGUUGAAGAAGGCCUUCUGCAACGUCCUCUCGCGAUUGAGCUUCACGUCAGAUCCAGAGACGAUUAUGUCUGGCAACUCCAAUUGCAGUGUUUACAUAGGCAAUCUAGAUGAGAGGGUGACAGAGAGAGUCUUGUAUGAUAUAUUAAUCCAAGCAGGACGAGUGGUAGAUUUGCACAUUCCUAAAGAUAAGGAAACUGAGAAACCGAAAGGUUAUGCCUUUGCAGAAUAUGAAACUGAUGAGAUUGCAGAUUAUGCUGUCCGACUUUUCUCGGGCCUUGUAACUCUCUAUAACAGAACACUCAAGUUUGCAAUGUCUGGGAGAGACAAGACUACACUUAAUGGCUCUACAGCAGUUACCCCCACAUCAAAUUCUUCUCAAAGACCAAGGCCAUAUGCAGUCGCAAUAAAUAAUUCAGAAAAUUUCCAGCACCCUGCCAGGCUAUCAACUUCUGAUCGAUUUUCAGAUUAUGCAGUAAAUCAUUCCCAAGUUCCUCCUAUUCGUGUAACUAGUGGGAAUGGAUCUCACUAUAGUGGCAACAAUUAUGAAUACAGCAGGAGAGCUUUUGGGGCAACAUUGGAUAGCAUUAGCCGUAAUAGGUCACGCCGCUUUGAUAGAAGUAGCCCAAUCUCUUACCCACAUUACUAAAUAUUUUCCGAAGAUCAGUGAAGUGACAGACUAAUCUUUCAUUAAAUAUUAGUCAUAAGUGAUAAUAGAAUGUAAAUGGGAAAUAUUCAAUAUUUAGUAGAAUGGAUAUGCUUCAAGAAAAGCCAUUGUUGUAUGUAUACCUAUUUAUUUCACUCUCCAGGUGGCUUGGUGCUUAUGAACUUAAUGUUUGUAGUUUUCUCAGUAGUGAGGAAAUCUUUAUAUUUAGUUCUGUAGGUUGAACUCAAAUCAAGCACUGCUAUCUUUUCGGUUGCCUUUCUUUCAGCUUUGGUUGUAGUGUGAUGUGGUUUCUAACAUUUCAUUAUCUAAAAUUUCUGUAUUGAAUGUUUCCUAACGAAUAGGAUCAAACUGUUGUUUGGUUUUCCUUUAUAUGCCAAUGAAAUUUGUAAUUUUGUUCGAAUGUAAGCUAAGCAGAUUGACACAACACGGAAACUAAACAACUUUCCGUGAUGGAACACUAUUUUCAUUUUGGAAUGUUCUUACUCACUUGGGAUCUAGUAUUAUUGUUUUGUUACGUUUUUACUCUUUUAAAUUGUGGGAUUCUUGAAGGGAAUCAAUUUUGUAUGUUCUUGGGUGCUCACAUUGUUUUGCCAUGUUGAGAAGGUCUACUGCACCACGAUUAUUGGCUCUUUAGUGCCAGUAACUUUAUUUUACUUUCUUCAUUGCAUUACAAAUGAGGAUUUCAACCCAAAAAAGUUGCAAGGUGCCUUUGUUCUCUUACCUGAUUUAUGCUAAAAGAAGGAAAGGGUCGUUGUGUAUUUCUGUCCCAUGAAGUAAAUAUGAAUGGCAGAAGAACCAAUUUAGCAUCAGAAAUUUACCCCAAAGAAAGCGCGGAAAGAUAUGUUUAGCUUGAGAAAAUAUUAUUUUAUCCUUUUGUUAAUAUUUGUUAAAAUGUUGGUGUAUUGCUUUAAUUUUUUUAAUGUAAGUGUUGAAAAUAA